ACGGCCUGGCUCGGAAAGCACCUAGCCGGCCGGAGCCCCACCGGCGCUUGCCGCUGGGCACCUCUGCCACCUAUUUAUAUCACGUACGCCUAGGUCUCUCUCCCUCCAGACACGCACUCUCCCCUCCUUCAACUAGCGCUUUGCGGCCGUUGGUCCUCCCCUCGAUCCAGUUCCUCACCUCACCACACCAAGAGCGCAACCCACCGCGUCUCCCCUUCCUCUAAUCUUCCAAUUCCAACCAUCCCUUCUCUCCCCUCCUCAGCUCCGAACAGCAGGCAUGGACAACCAGCAGCUCUUUGGUUCCUCCUACGUGGACACGCGUUUCUUCGCGGCCAAUGGCACGGCGCAGCGGGAGAGCCAGCCGAAGGCUCGGCGCAGGCGGCGGAGGGCCGCGAGAUGCGGCGGAGGGGAUGGUAACGGCUGGGAGAUGGACGGAGGAGGGGACCCCAAGAAGCGGCGGCUCACCGAUGAGCAGGCGGAGAUGCUGGAGCUGAGCUUCCGGGAGGAACGCAAGCUGGAGACCGGCCGGAAGGUGUAUCUGGCCGCCGAGCUCGGGCUCGACCCCAAGCAGGUCGCCGUGUGGUUCCAGAACCGCCGGGCGCGCCACAAGAGCAAGACGCUCGAGCAGGAGUUCGCCAGGCUCAAGCACGCCCACGACGCAGCCAUCCUCCACAAAUGCCACCUCGAGAACGAGGUGCUGAGGCUGAAGGAGAAGCUGAGAGCGACUGCGGAGGAGGUGCAGCGCCUCAGGUCGGCAGCUGGGAUCCACGCCAAUGGCGGAGACUCCGCUGGCGCCGUUAGCGUGUGCGGCGGGAGCCCGGGCUCAUCCUUCUCGACGGGAACCUGCCAGCAGCAUCCGGGUUUCAGCGGGGCAGACGUGCUGGGGCGGGACGAUGACCUGAUGAUGUGCGUCCCCGAGUGGUUUUUCGCAUGAAUUAGCUAGAGUUUAUGGUGGCUAUGCCGAUAGCAGCGUGUUCGAGUGUUUUUUAAUUAGCAUGAAAUAAAAUCUCCCACAAAAUAGGCGCUAUAGCUGCUCGGGAGCCUCGCCGCUACGCUAUGGCUGCCGCCGCCAAAUCCUCCACAAAUCCCUCCAAAGGGCUUCAGAAUCAGCAAAAACCUCUAGAAAUCAUCUGUCCCGCCGGAAAAGUUGUUGCUAUUUGCCGCGAUUGUCUGCUAUGCGGCCGCUAUAGCUGCUGAGAGUGGCCGCCCCUAAAUCCUUUCUCCGGCGAUUUUAAUCUUUGGUUUUUAGUCUGUAUAUAUGGGGUGAUUUGAAAUUGACACGAGCUGGACAUCAACUACAUGCUGAUCGAUUACUAUUCUAGUUAGCCAUAGUUUUAAUUAUUAAUUAAGUUGGGACGAUCUCUAUGCGUGCGUGCUGUUUAAUUAUGUAUGGAGAGUGUUGAUUAAUGGCAAAAGCUUGCAAGCUAGCAAGUGUAGUACUGGUCGCUCUCUUGAAGAUCAGAGAUGAUGUGUAUAUGUUAUCAUUUGA